AUGAAAAUAAAAUACACAAGAACUACACAGGUGGCAAGAUGGUACUACUGGAGAACGAUGCUUUUCUUAGUGAACUCACGAGACUUUAUCAAAAGGCCAAACCAUCUGGAUCCGUGGUGGUUACAAUGAAGAGAUAUGAUGGUCAGAAUAAACCAAAACCAAAAGUAAAGAAAUCUACAUCACAUCCUGAAGAAAUUGACUACAAAUGUCUCUUCAGAGCAACAGUGGGAAAUAAAAAGAUUUCAACAGUAGUUACACACAAGGACGUUACAAAAUUUCAAAUGGCAUAUGCAAAUGUAUUAAAGGCAAAUAUUGAUGGACUUAAAAAGAAAGCCAAGGGCAAAUCAAAGACAAAAGCAACUAAAGAAUAAUAGACCUCAUUCAUUUCAACUAAAGAUAUUAACUAGGAGGCAAGCAUUCAAUAUGGAUGCUCAUCUUUCUUUGCAAGAUACAUUUAAUGAGAAAUACAAGGAUGGAUUCAAAGUCUCUUUUUUUAACUUCAAAGUUAUGCAGUUAACAAGGCAGAAAUAACAUUUUUUCAGCUUUUGUUUUUUUUUUUUUUAUGUUUUGGAUCCUUGCUGAUUUCAGACUGCACUUUUCAAGUGCAAACUUGAUCUAGUAUUAUCAGAUUUUUUCACUUUUAUUAUUUUCAACAAUUAUUUAUAUUAUUUAGUAAAUGUAUAAUAUUGAAUGGAUGGAAUAAGUAGAUGCUAUCUAACUGUAUGGUUAUAAGUUAUAAGUAAUAUCUAUAUUAUUUCAAAUAAAUUUAAUUGUUAGAAUCAA